ACUCCACAAAACAAAGGAGUUCUACGGCAAGCUGUUGCUGAGGCCUUUUAUGAUUUUGGAACUGCGGCGAUUAGCAAAGCCUAUACCAUAAUUUAGUUGGAUUGUCGACAAGCUGUGGCUUGACGUACAUUGUUACCUCAAAAACCCGAAAGGCUCUCCUCACCCGCAGUGGUGUAGCCCAAUCAAUACAUCAUGAAUGGACCCUCUCGUACACUCUCACCCGUCUCUGUGGCAGGCAGUGAAUGGUCAGGCAUCUCGAAAUAUCAAUCUGUCAACGGUGCAGAACCUCCAUAUUCACCUUCGUUGCCACAGAGCUACGGUGGCUCUGUGGUUACCCCGCCGCCGCAACUACCUGGCUCCUCAGCCGGCCCGAUACUCGGAAAUAUCCCCCCUACUCCAGGCCAAGCACCCGAGAGUCAUCCAUCUCCUCCGAGCUCCGUUGCGCGCUCGAGUACAGGCACCGGGUUAUCGACGAUGAGCGAGGGCACACGAAGUCGUCGAAAGGCCGCCUUGGAGGAAAUUCUCUCUGAGCAUUAUAUCGUGUUGCGCAAAUAUCUCGAGCAAAAUCGCGACGAGAAAUCAGCCCCAAGACCAAACCGAGCGAGAGACAAGCUCUUGAGACUUUCAGCCGUACAAUUUCAAGAAUUGAGUACGGACGUUUUUGAUGAGCUACUGAGGAGGGAACCCCGUUGGGGCCGCUGGCCAGCAAGUGCCGCAAAUCCUCCUGCGGAUAGACCAGCUACCGCCUUCUUGCAGCCAAAAGACGAAUUCCACCCAAAACGCAACCAGGCUAGACAGAAGCUCUCAACGUUGCCCCCGCCUCGCUUUAGGGAUCUUGCUACGGAUGUCUUUUAUGAACUAGAGCGUCGGUUUCCAAAGUUUGCCGUUGGCGACCUCGACAGCCCCUCUUCGACCAGAGGUCCACCUUCUCGCAUUGGAGGCCCCAACGGAGCCCCAAACGGUGGCCCGAGACCUGAUUCUCGUUCUGGCUCUAAGGGACCGGCAUACAGAGGGCCCGGUGGCCCAGGGAUGCCAGGAAUGGGCCCGGGUGGACAAGUGACCUAUGGCUCAGGGGCCGCACCCAGAUCGGAAUCUAUUGGCCCACCAUCAAGCCCGGGGUUGGCAACUCCAGGAGAGAGCCCGAGUAGUGACUACGGUCGGCCACAGCCAAAGACAUUUCAAAGUAAUACAAUAAUUCCUAAUAAAAGUACACUUAUCGAGGACGAUGAUGAUCAAACGGGCGUUGAGGAUGAUGAUGAAGACGAAGAGGAUGACGACCAUUUUGAGAUUGAAGGUGCAGUAAACGGCAGGCAAAGUAAAAUCUCAACGGAGGCCGAGGUUGAUAAGAAGCUCGUUUCGGACUACAAGCACCAAAUUGGCGAGCUUCAAGAGGAAGUCGACAAUUUGAAGCUUCGCAUGCGGGAAAAAGAAGAGGAAGUAGGUAGACUUCAAAGCUUUUACAGUGAUCGGGACAGCGCUACCGACAUUGAACGCAAGGAAUGGUCUGAUCUUCGCUCAGAUUUGGAGCAUCGGCUCUCGGACGCGCAAAGCUUAAACGAAUCGCUGAAAACCGAAUUGGAAAAGGUUCGCACAGAACAUACAGAUGUCGAAAGCAGUCUACGUGAGCAGCUUGAGAAUGCCAGAAGCUCUGACGCCGAUAAUGUCUGGAAAAGCCGGCAUGAAGACCUGGAAAAGGACCAUACCGUAUUACAAACGACUUUAGCAGAACAAGAACAAGUUACAGAAGAGGUCCGACAGCAAGCUUCACUGUUUCUGGAGGAGAUGAAGGCAAUUUCAGAACGCAGUACUCAGUCACUUGAGCGAGAGGAGAGCCUUGUGCACCAGAUUAAGACGCUAGAGCAAGAGGUCGAGGAAUGGAAAGACCGCUACGCACGAACCAAGACUCAACUUCGAACCCUUCGCGCCUCUUCGAUUGGUUUACCGCUUCAGCCUCAAGAUGUUAGCCAAUAUGCGCGCGACAGUGCCUUCGUCGAGACAGACGGUCUAGUACGAGACGUCCACGUCACGAAGUUUCAGAUCGCCAUUGAUCAAUUGUUGCGAGCUGCAAGAGGAAAUACACCCGCAUCUGUGCUGGAUCAUAUGAAGAUUGUGGUGUUGUCUGUACGACGAAUUACACAGGAUCUAUCGAGCGCUCCAACAGCGAAUGGUGAGGCGGUGCAACAGUGGAGCAAGCUUAAAGCUCGCGUCUCUGCGACAGCGAAUAAUCUGAUCAUUGCAUCCAAAAAUUUCUCAGCCGCCGGUGGCCUUUCACCCGUCUCGCUGCUUGAUGCUGCUGUUUCACAUCUGACCGCUGCUGUCGUUGAUCUGCUUCGAGCAGUGAAGAUCAGACCAAGCGCGGCGAAUGAGCUUGAGGACGACGAAGAAUCUAGCACUCCGAUGGCGGGAUCCGUAGGAUAUCCAUCUGGUGCAAACUCAAGGGUGAGCGGCGGUUCAAGUUACAGCAGUGCAAGCUCGCACCACAGUUCUCAAAGUUUGUCUCGGGUCCAAGGCCGGGAAGCCUGGAGUCCUCGUCGCCAAGCUUCGCGAGGCAAUGGAACAACUACUCCUAAAACACAUAACCCGCCAUUGCGAUUUGGAUCACAACGACACUCCGAGUCAAACGGGACCGAUGACCUAAAGCUUUACCUCGACAAAGAAGUGGACCCUCUUGUCGAAGCCAUCCGACGUCUUGUGGACAGUAUUCAGUCCGAUGACCGGCCGUCAACCAUUAGAAAUCACCUUGAAAACAUCACGUCAAUGAUAGGCAAGAUUGUUUCCGCCACAGAUGAGGCCAUGGACUCGCCUGGAAAUGAAAGUUUGCGUGAAAAUGCGGGACCGAUCAUCAAGAUUUUGUCCAGUCGGCGCUCAGACUUGAUGACCGCCCUGGCCCAGGCCGAGAAUGUGGAACAGGAACAGGAGCCGGCUGUGACAAAGGAAUUCAGAUACAAGCUUCGACCAUUGGCGUUCGAAGUGGCCAAGCAAAUAAAGGAACUUGUUAGCCAAGUAGAGGCCGUGGAUGAGGCCAAUGAGGAUGAUAAUUUCCGAUGAUUCUUAAGAUCUUUACACCGAUCGUGCUAUAAAUAUCCGACAGAAUUAUUGCAGAGUCUUGGAA